AUGCGCGCAGCACUGUCAACACUCAGCCGCAACAGCGCGACUCUCGCCCUGCGCAGGCCUUUACACGCCUCAACACCACUACCCAACCACACUAUCACACCCACCACCGCCCGCACAAUCUCGACAACUGUUCCACGUCGCGAAGCUCCCAACGUCACAGCUCGCGACACUCUCCUUCCGCAAACCCACUACGACUUCUUCCCCUCGCUAGGCUCCGACGCUCUCCCACCAAAAGGUCCCUUCACCCUCGACCUCUCUCUUCUACGCAAAGAAUUCCUCCAACUACAAGCAAAAGCACAUCCCGAUCUCGCUCCUCAAGAAAAGAAACGUCAAGCCGAAGCACUGAGCGCGCGUAUCAAUGAGGCCUACAAGACACUCCAGAACCCGUUACUCCGGGCACAGUAUCUAUUGGAGAUGAGAGGAGUUGACGUGGCGGGUGACGAAACGGCAAAGGUCGAGGAUCCUGAGUUGCUGAUGGAGGUCUUGGAGACGAGGGAGGUAAUUGAGGAGGCCGCUUCUGAGGAAGAGUUGCAGCCAUUGAGGGAGUUGAACGAGAGGAGGAUUGCUGCUAGUGUGGGUGUGCUGGAAGAUGCAUUCCAGAAGGAUGAUACCGCGGCUGCAAAGGAGGAGGCUGUCAAGUUGAGGUAUUGGAUCAACAUUCGGGAGACUGUUGAUGCUUUCGAGCCCGGCAAGCCUGUGGUCAUGAUCCACUAA